CCAUCGCCGACUUGAGGUCGCUCUUUGUUCUCUCCUGCCUUACCACCACUUCCUCCAUCACCUUCAAUUCUCGUCAUUCGUGACACUUACACUCCUUCAGGAAAACCCCGCGGUCAACACCUCUGUCCAUUCCUUCCAGUCUGUUGAUACCCUCCUUCACAUUCACGAAUUCCAUUCGUCGCACCAACCACCCACGCGCCGCGCCCGCUCGCCCACAUUCCAUUCUUCGACAGAAUCAUAAGUACAAGCAGUGCUGCCAGCCCGACACGGUCUCGAAUACGAAACACAACUCUACGCGGUCGACCCCGUCCCAAGUACAAGUACUCCAGCUUUCUCGAAGAAAGUAAACAAGACGAUCAACACCAGUGAACCAUCUCCAAACACUCAUUCACCUCGAAUCCAAGAUGCGUUCCUCAACUGUUCUCGCUAUCCUCGGUGCCACGGUCGCCAUUGCGUCUCCACUCAACCACCAGGGCUUGCACCACAAGAAGGCCUACGUGACUGAUAUCGUUACUGAUAUCGUCUACGUUACCGUGACUGCUGGUGAACCUCUUCCUACCACCGUUCCCGACAUCACUCCCGACACCACCAUCGUCGUCAAGCACACCGUCUUCGCUCACCACAAGCCAAAGUCGUCUGCUCCUCCAAAGCCAACUACUACCCCCCCUCCUCCUCCACCACCUGUCCCAACCCCCGCUGCCGUCCCAGAGCCACAGCCAACUCCCGUCGCUCCAGCUCCUGAACCAGUCGUCGAGGCUCCUGCUCCAGUCGUUCAGUCCGUCCCAGAUGUCAAGGUUGCCGCUACUCCAGUUGCUUCCGACGCGAAGCCAACUGACUACCAAUCCUCUGCUCUGUUCCAUCACAACAAGCACCGUGCUAACCACACCGCUGAUGCAUUGGUCUGGGAUACCACUCUUGCUGGCUAUGCUGACAAGAUUGCCAAGAGCUGCGUCUUCGCUCACGACAUGACUCAAGGUGGUGGUGGAUACGGACAGAACCUUGCCGCUUACGGUACCACUGCUGAUAUGGGAUCGAUCGAUCUCUCAACUGUCGUCGGUGAUGCCAUUACCAACCAGUGGUACUAUGGUGAGGCUGCUAACAUGCCAUACGGACAAAACAGCCCUGCUGUUUCCGGCGUUCCUGAGUACCUCCACUUCUCUCAGGUCCUAUGGAAGAGCACCACCAAGGUUGGAUGCGCCACCGUUCAAUGCGGAGCUGGUACCAUCUUCUCCUACCACAGCUUGUACACUGGUAAGCAUUCUCCAUCUUCUUCAAAGUUCUUCACUCACAUGGCUCCAGUCUGCAACUAUGCAAAGACCGGCAACGUUCUUGGAUCAUUCGCAUCUGAGGUCACUGAGCCAAUCGGUCUUCCCGGUAUCACUGCCAACAUCUCGUAAACGUAGCGAGUAUCUUGUGCAACAUGACGCGUGCGUUUUGAGGCAUAUUAUGGGCUCUGGAAGCGGCUAUCUUUCAUGUACGAUUUUAGGAGGUAGUUGGCGUCGUGGCUGGUCCGCGCUUGACAACUCCUCGACACAACUCUUCAUCCAAAACAAAAUAAGGUUGCACAUGUUGGUAUAGAAUCAUCCCUCCAGAGGUGUGACGAAUUUUCUUGCAAUCAUUCUACAUUUCGGCCCUGCUCUUCAUCAUGCAAUCAGUCUUCCCUUCCAACUCGUUUAUUCGAUCGAGAUGAACGGAAUUCGAUCAAUACCAUGGUGGUUUCGAUCGGCAUUGACACUUUGUCUCUGCUGCGAACGUUCUGAGCGGGCAUUUUCACUUCUUUGUACUUACACUUUUUACACAUGAGUCUCUUCCCACGAACCAAAAAAUGGAAGGCUCCUUGCCCUCAGGCAUCUGCAUGGAAUUCGGUAUUCUUCGUUCUUUUUCUUCUCUUUCCUGUGUGAUGAAGUGACUGGUGAUGGUGACGACAUGACAUCCGGAAGCAAGCACGGGUUGUGGAUUUCCUUGUGACGUUGUGCAUCGUGGGCUUGGAGGGAUUGAGGGAAUGGUAGGAAGAAAGGAGUCCUUCCGGCUGGCAAGAGACAAUCAAUGUCUAUGCAUAGGCGUAGCGCGAGAUAGCAAGAAACGAAGAUGGUAUCGAUGAUGAAUUAAAGA